UGAAUGACGGCGCACUUGACCGACGCAGGGGAAACACUUGGCCGCUUCACAUGAGCCGUGUGCGAGCGUCUGGAGCUGGAUUUACAACACUUCACCUCGCUGCAACUUCACGGCUACAUCCGGAGCGAACAGCCGCCAGAGCGAGACAUGUCACCGUGAUGUUACAGCCUCCAUCUUCGCUGGAAUAAAAAAAAAACAUGAAGAGAUGACCGGCUUGUAGAGCUGACAGCAGAGGAGCUGACGGUAAAUGAGAGGCCGUCACCAUGCCCCCGGGGAAGUAUGGGAUGCAGGAGGAGUGGGAGAAGGAGGGGGACCAGGAGAUCGUGAUGGAUUUCCUGCUGCCUACUGGGAUCUUACUCAAAUUCCCUGUGUCUCCAAACGACACCAUCAAAAGCAUCAAGAAAAUGGUUUGGAAAAAUGCCAGAAGCGAGGCCCUGUUCAGUGCUCUGGGCGAUCCCGACGCAUACGUCUUCACCUGCAUCAACCAGACGGCAGAGAGGGAGGAGCUGGAGGAGGAAUCGAGGCGCAUCAGCGACGUGCGGCCCUUCAUGUGUGUCCUGAGGCUGGUGGCGAGGGAGGGCGACCGAGUGGAGAAGCUCACCAACACCCAGAUCAGCCUGCUAAUUGGCAAAGGUCUCCAUGAGUUUGAGGCCCAGAAGAACCACGAGGUGAACGAGUUUCGGACAAAGAUGCGUACAUUUUGCGAAGAGAAGGCUCAGGAGCGGCACAUGUUGCCAUGGCAGCGGUGGAUGGAGUACAGUUUCCCAUGUGACCUUGAGCCCUGUUGUUCUCCACCCGAGAGUGGAAACGCCAAGUCAAAAAGCACCAAGAAGAUUUUUGUCAACGUCAAGUUUGAGGCGUGUGAUGAGAGCUUCAUGCUGCAGCAGGACCCUCACGACCUCCCGGUGGCUCUGAUGAGGAGCGCCCUGAAGAAGAAGGCCACCGUCUUUCGCUCGGUGCGGCAGGAGCCCGAGGACUACACCUUACAGAUCAACGGGAGGUGGGAGUUCAUCUACGGGAAACAUCCCAUGAGCCAGUUCAAAUACAUAUUCUCAUGUUUGAGAAAUGGUGAAAACCCUCACCUAACCAUGGUGCACCACACCACCAUCAGCAAAUAUCAGGAGGAGCAGGGCAGAAUGUGCAGCCAGGUGUACAAGAGUCGCUCCCUGUCCAGACCUCCUCCACUGCCCCUGAAGAAGCAAAACACCUCCUCUCUGUGGUCCAUCAAUGAGCCGUUCUACAUUCACCUUCUGCAGGGCAGCCGAGUCAAUGCAGAUGAAGGAAUGAAGCUUGUGGUGCAGGCCGGUCUGUUCCAUGGCAGCGAGCUCCUCUGUAAGGUGGUGACAACCUCGGAGGUGUCUGUGUCCUCCGAGCCGCUGUGGGAUCAGAAGCUGGAGUUUGACAUAAACGUGGCCGACCUGCCUCGCAUGAGCCGCCUGUGCUUCGCGCUCUAUGCUGUCAUUGAGAAAGCCAAGAAGCCCCGUGGCACUAAAAAGAAGAAUAAGAAAGCGGAUUGUCCGAUAGCCUGGGUGAACACUAUGGUGUUUGACUACAAGGACCAGCUGAAGACCGGGGAGUUCCUGCUGUCCACAUGGCCAUCUGUUCCUGAUGACAAAAGCGACCUGUUGAACCCGAUGGGAACAGUCGAGAAGAACCCCAAUGUGGACAGUGCUGCUGGGCUUCUCAUCCGCUUCCCCAACAUCCGGCCACAUCCUCUCUAUUACCCUCCACUGGACAAGGUGAGUGACAUGGAGAAAAAUGGCGACGCAGCCAUUCCCACAAAAGAAGAGUUCAUGAAACUAAAAGAAAUCAUGGACAACAAAAACUACACAGAGUUUUUCGAGGACGAGAAGGAGCUCUUGUGGAAACUCCGCACAGAAGUCCGGGACCGUUAUCAUGAAAGUCUGUCCAAGCUGCUCCUCAUCACCAAGUGGAAUCGGCGUGAGGAUGUAGUUCAGAUUGUGAGUUUACUGAGGAGUUGGCCGGACCUCCCUGCCAUCCAUGCCUUGGAGCUCUUAGACUACAGUUUUCCCGACCCAGUGGUCCGUUCUUUCACAAUCAGAUGCCUCAGGAAGCUCAGUGAUGAUGAACUGCUACAGUACUUGAUCCAGCUGGUCCAGGUCCUGAAGUACGAGUCCUACUUGGACUGUGACCUCACCACCUUCCUGCUAGAAAGGGCUCUGUCCAACUGGAGGAUUGGACACUUUCUGUUUUGGCAUCUGCGGUCGGAGAUUCACGUGGCGUCUGUGGGUCUGCGUUUCGGCCUGAUUCUGGAGGCCUACUGCAGGGGAAACAUCCACCACAUCAAGCUGUUAACCAAACAGAACGAGGCUCUGGGCAAAAUGAAGGCCCUGAGUGACUUUGUCAAGUCGGGCUCCCAGAAGAUGACAGCGGAUGUCCUGAAGCUGUGUAUCAGGCAGGAGUCGUACCUGGAGGCCCUGUCAGACCUGCUGUCACCACUCAACCCCAGCAUCAUCCUUGCUGAGAUCUGUGCAGACAAAUGCAGGUUUAUGGACUCCAAGAUGAGGCCGCUCUGGCUGAUGUAUAAGAACCCAGCUCAAGGAGACAUGGUGGGAAUCAUCUUCAAGAACGGAGAUGAUCUUCGACAAGACAUGUUGACCCUCCAGAUGAUCCAGCUCAUGGAGAAUUUAUGGAAGAAAGAAGGCCUGGACCUCAGGAUGAUCCCAUAUGGCUGCUUGUCCACCGGGAACAAGAUGGGGCUCAUUGAGGUGGUGAAGUACUCCGACACCAUCGCCAACAUCCAGCGGAACAACAGCAACAGUGCCGCCACCGCUGCCUUCAACAAGGACGCCCUGCUCAACUGGCUCAAAUCUAAGAAUCCUGGGGACAAACUUGAUCAAGCAAUAGAAGAGUUCACAGUGUCCUGUGCUGGCUACUGUGUAGCUACCUACGUCCUGGGCAUUGGAGAUCGUCACAAUGACAAUAUCAUGAUCAGGGAAACUGGACAGCUGUUCCACAUUGACUUUGGACAUUUCCUGGGCAACUUCAAGCGGAAACUGGGGAUCAACAGGGAGCGUGUGCCUUUCAUCCUGACUUAUGACUUUGUCCAUGUGAUCCAACAAGGAAGGACGAACAACAGCGAAAAGUUUGAGAGGUUCAGGGAGUACUGCGAGCGGGCCUAUAAGAUCCUGUGUCGGAAUGGAAUGCUGUUCGUCAAUCUCUUUGCUAUGAUGAAGGCAGCAGGACUGCCAGAGCUCACCUCCUUUAAAGACAUCCAGUAUCUAAAGGACUCUUUAGCUUUGGGCAAAUCGGAGGAAGAAGCACUGAAGAAUUUCAAAGUAAAGUUCAACGAAGCUCUGAGGGAAAGCUGGAAGACGAAGGUCAACUGGAUGAUGCACUCCUUGGCCAAAGAUAAUAGACCGUGAAGAGCACUGCACCAAGGAAACCUGAAGACACACCAAAAAUUAUGGAUUUUAACUUAUGGAGAUAAAAGGGAAGAAAACACAAACAAAUAUUUUGCUUAGCAGAUGGCAGUCAAAGACGCUCAGCAUAUGUUAACAUCUGACGGGCCUGUUUGUGGUAAAUAACGACUAAAUGGAAGAUGAUACGACCAUGGAGCAUAAUCUCAAUACAUGAAGACAAUGAAUCCAUCCAUCACACUCAUCUUUCUCACCAUCAAACAUGAGAAUGCCUUUGACUUGUGAACAUGCCUUUUAAUGUGUUAAAAUAGCUACUUGAAAACUACCUGCUCUUGCAAAAAUUUCCCGAAACAGACGCAAAGACUGAAAGUUCAUCUCACCCGUGGCAUCGCUCAGCAGGGAGCAAACUGCAACAACAAACUUUAUUACUUCACAUCUUUACACUCACACCAGUCAGAGUUCAAUAACAGAGCGCCAGUUUCAUUCCUCGUCUUUUGUACAGUUUACUGCGAUCGAUGGUUGUUUCAUUUUCUCACAUUUCAACUGCCUCUUUGCAAUUUUGUCUUUUAUUUUAUUGUAUUAUUUUAUUUAAUUCGGUAGCACUGAAGUACUUGUACAAAGUCAUGAAGGAUAUUUUAAAGAUAUGUUUUACUGCUGUAUUGUUGUGUAAUAUUGCCAUGAAGUGCAGUACGUUGCCUUUGGAGUGCCAGUAGACAGGAAGCAUUGUAAUAUUUACACUUUAUUGUAAGAUGAGAAAAUAACUUUAAAUGGGACCUUUAUUUUGAUAACAUCCCCAGUGUCAGUAACCCAGCAGAAACAGCUAUUACACAUUAAAAUAAAUAGUUUGGCAUUUUGGUAAAUACACUCAUUUACUGUCUUGCUGAGCAUAAGCUAGUUGUCUCCUGGCUCCAGCUUCAUUUUUAGCAGAUAUGAGAGAGGUGUUGCUUGUACUUACAGUCAUGGAAAAAUUAUUAGACCAACCUUUUUCUUCAAUUUCUUGUUCAUUUUA